CCAUGACUCACCAAAACGGCAACGCCCUCUCUUCGCCCUCCCCCUGCGACUGCCGCCCAUAGCACUUCUCCACUCAUCGUGGCCUCCUUUUGUCGCAACGUCUCCCUGCCAUCCCGGGCAGUCAACCAACGGACCACCAUGGUUGCCGGGGCUGAUGUCAAGGCCCAGGUCGUAGACACGGUGCCCAAGCGCAUCAAACACGUUCAGUUCGGAAUCUUCUCUCAUCAAGAACUCGUCAAGCAGGCUGUCCUCGAAGUCUCUGACCGUAAUGUCUAUGAACUUGGCUCCUCUGGAGCGAACCGCAUCCUCACGGCUAACGGCCCUAUGGACGAGCUGAUGGGCAUAUCAAAAGGCGGCAGUCAAACGUGCAAGACGUGCCAGUCGGAUCUCCAGACCUGCAACGGCCACUUUGGUCACAUCAAGCUUGCCCUCCCCGCUUUCCAUGUUGGCUUCCUCAGAAUGAUAAUCGAAGUGCUACACUGCAUAUGCAAGGACUGCGCCCGCGUCAUGCUGGAGGAGGAGGACAGACGGAAAUACCUGCGCAGCCUGCGCCGCCCGGGCAUGGACAACCUGCAGCGGCUCAACAUCUCCAAAAAAGUCACUGAGGAGUGCAGGAAGAAGAAGCUAUGUCCCCACUGUGGCGCUGUCAACGGUACCAUUCGCAAGGUGCCGGGUCACCCGCUUAAGAUCGUCCAUAACAGGUACGAUGCCUACAACAGAUCCACGGCUAAGUCUAAGAAGCCGCCGCCGGGCAAAGAGGAGUUCGACGAAUCUUUCGAAACGGUCAAGGCUACGCACCCUGACAUGGAAAGGCACCUGAAGAAGGCUGCCGACGACAUGCAUCCGCUUCGGGUCCUUAAUCUCUUUAAGAAAAUAUCACCUCCUGACUGUGAGCUCCUUGGCAUGGUUCCCGAAGAUGGCCGACCGGAAAUGUUGAUAUGGGAAUACGUCCCCGUGCCACCAGUCGCUCUUCGACCUACUGUAAAGCAGGACAGCGGAACCACGGAGGAUGACCUUACCAAUAAGAUCGGCGACAUUGCCCACGUCAGCAGCAUCAUCCGGGCAGGCCUCCAGCGUGGGUACCCCCUCCAGACAAUCAUGGAGCAGUGGGAUUUUAUGCAGCUUCAAAUUGCCAUGUACAUCAAUAGUGAUGCACCUGGUUUGUCACAACAAGGCCUCACCAAACAUAUGCGCGGCUUUUGCCAGAGGCUCAAGGGCAAAGGUGGCCGCUUCCGGCAGAAUCUCUCUGGGAAACGGGUUGACUUCUCUGGCCGCACCGUUAUUGGGCCGGACCCUAAUCUAGGAAUCGACGAAGUCGCGGUGCCGGAGCGGGUGGCAAAGAACCUAACAUAUCCCGAAAAAGUUAAUUCGCGAAACAUUGAAAAACUGAGGAAAUUAGUGCGACGAGGUGCUCUCCGCCAUCCCGGAGCGAACUACGUCAGAACGAGAGAUGGCAAACUCGUCAGUCUAAUUUUUCUGUCGAGCAAAGGGCAAGAGGGCCAAUCGGGACUUGACAGACGAGCGCAGAACCUUGUAGAUGGGGACAUAGUUGAGCGACACCUUGAGGACGGAGAUAUCGUGCUGUUCAACCGGCAGCCUUCUCUUCACAAACUGAGUAUCUUAGCCCACCGAGCUAAGAUCCGGCCCUGGAGAACAUUCCGACUCAACGAAUGCGUCUGCAACCCGUACAACGCUGAUUUCGAUGGAGACGAAAUGAACUUGCAUGUGCCUCAGACCGAGGAAGCUCGAACAGAAGCCAUCGAGCUAAUGGGUGUUAAGUACAAUUUGGCAACGCCAAAGAACGGGACACCAAUUAUCGCUGCUAUCCAAGACUUCAUCACAGCGGCAUAUCUCCUGAGCAGCAAAAACAACUUUUACGAUCGAAGGACCUUCUGCCAAAUCUGCUCUUAUAUGUUCAACGGCGAUUCGGUCGUCGAUCCUGACACCGGCGACCGCUUGAAUAUCGAUCUGCCCCCGCCUGCCGUGGUCAAGCCCGAACGACUUUGGACAGGGAAGCAAGUCUUCAAUGUGCUCAUGAGACCAAACAUGAAGUCCAAAGUAUUGGUUAAUCUAGAGGCAGCCGGAAAACAGUUCAAGCCCACAGCUGGCCAGGCCCCUGACCUGGAUGAAAAUGAUUCCUAUCUGGUCAUUCGGAACUCAGAAGUUAUGUGUGGUGUCAUGGACAAGGCUACCGUUGGUGAUGGUAAAAAGGAUUCUGUUUUCUAUGUCAUGAUGCGUGAUUUUGGGCCAGACCAUGCCGUCCAGGGUAUGAAUAGGCUAGCUAAACUCUCGGCGCGCUGGCUCACCAACAACGGCUUCUCCAUUGGCAUUAGCGACGUAACGCCCGGCGACGUACUCGUUCGCAAGAAACAGGCUCUGAUCGAGGAGGCCUAUGCAAAAUGCGACAAGCUUAUUAAAGAUUUCAAGGAGAACAAAUUGCAGCGCGACGCUGGAUGCGACGAGGAACAAACAAUGGAGAACAAGAUUGGUGGUAUCCUGUCUGGAGUCCGUCAAGCUGCGGGUGAUAUUUGUUUCGAGGAACUCAGCAAAUGGAAUGCGCCUCUAAUAAUGGCGAAGUGUGGGUCAAAAGGAUCUAAUAUCAACGUCUCUCAAAUGGUUGCAUCCGUCGGACAGCAGAUGAUUGGUGGCGCCCGUGUCGCAGACGGUUUCCAGGAUCGGACACUGCCUCAUUUCCCGAAAGCCGCCCGACAACCCGCCUCAAAAGGGUUCGUAAGCAACAGUUUCUAUUCUGGCUUGACGCCGUCCGAAUUCAUAUUCCACGCUAUGAGUGGCCGUGAAGGUCUGGUUGAUACCGCCGUCAAGACCGCCGAGACUGGAUAUAUGAGCAGACGUUUGAUGAAGUCACUGGAAGAUCUAUCAUCGCAGUACGAUGAGACUGUCCGAACCGCUGGGCAAGGUGUAGUGCAGUUUCAAUACGGAGAUGACAAUCUGGACCCUGUUGACAUGGAAGGCAAGGCGAAGCCGGUGAAUUUCGAUCGAACAUUUGCACACGCUGUCACAUCAACAUGGAACAAUAAUGAUCCUAGCAUGGAACCCGAAGAAGUGCGGAGUCACACUAAGACGGCACUUGACACGAAACGCACUAAGUACGCUCGGUACAAGCUGGAUGGAGUCACCAAGCUCGAUUACAACGACAAAAGUAUUGAGGGCAUCGACCAGUAUGAAUCUAUACGCGACUUCCUUGACACCGUCCAGGACUUCAUCUUCAAGAAAGCAAGGAAGCUCGAGUCGACUCUCGUCUAUCUAGGAAUUGUUAAUCCUACCACUAUGAAGAAACAAAUCCCUGCUAAGCAAGCUGAAAAAUUCUCCCCACUUGCAGACGGCAUCGCCAAGAUCUCUAAGCCCGCUCUGGAAACCUUUAUCUCACUCUGUCUAACCAAGUAUUGGCGAUCAAAAGUCGAACCUGGUAGCGCUGUUGGUGCUGUUGGUGCACAGUCGAUUGGUGAGCCCGGAACGCAAAUGACGCUCAAGACCUUCCAUUUUGCUGGUGUCGCAGGUAUGUCCAUUACCCAAGGUGUCCCACGUAUUAAGGAAAUUAUCAACGCUUCGACCAACAUCUCUACCCCUGUCAUCUUAUGCGAGCUCUCUAAUAACGUGUCCGACGAAGCGGCCCGUAUUGUUAAAGCACGCGUUGAGAAGACUUUUCUUCGCGAUAUAAUUUCGUAUGUAGAAGAUGUGUGGCACCCAGAAGGUGCAUACGUUCAGAUGCGCAUCGACUGGGACACUGUUAACAAGUUGUUCAUCGAUAUCACGACCGAAGAAAUCGCCACCGCUAUUGAACAAUUCAAGCCAUUAAAAUGGGGGAAGUACAAGCCGUUCAUCAAAAUGAUAGGCAGUGUAAUGCGGGUGUCAGUUCCAGAUCUCUCGAACACCAAGAAACGAUCCUCUGCAAAGGCCCAGAAAAACCAGAAGGGCUAUUUCGAGCGGGUGCACCAAGUGAAAGCGCUCAUCCCCGAUGUCGUUGUCAAAGGCUUCCUGGACUGUCAACGCGCCAUCAUCAAGAAAAAUACUACUCCCAACGCCAAAGGUGAUUACGAAAUCCAACUUCUCGUCGAAGGCUACGGCCUCAAAAACUGCAUGACCACCCCAGGUAUAGAGCCCUACCGAUCAUCAUCCAACUCUGUGAUGGAAGUGAACUCCAUCCUUGGCAUCGAAGCCGCUCGCAGCACCAUUAUCUCAGAAAUCGGUUCCGUCAUGGGCCAAAUGGACAUUGAUCCCCGCCACAUGCAGCUUCUCGCCGACGUCAUGACAUUCAAAGGCGACGUGCUUGGUAUCACUCGUUUUGGCAUGACCAAGAUGCGAGAUUCAGUGUUACAAAACGCUAGCUUCGAAAAGACUCCCGACCACCUUUUCGAAGCGGCAGCAAAGGGCAAGAAGGAUGACGUGACAGGGGUUAGCGAGUGCAUUAUCAUGGGGCAGGUUAUGGGCGUGGGAACUGGUGCGGUUGGCGUUUUCGCGGAUUUAGGGUGGGAGAAGUAUCCACAAGCUUUUUGGCGGAAGAAUACUAUGUUUGAGGAGGGCUGGGAUGCUCUAUAGAUGCGGGUAUUUUGGGUUUAAGGGGUUCUGGUGAUGGUUGUGAAUGGUUAAAGUGCUUGAGUGGUGGAUUUGUUUGGGAAACGUCGGCUUUUUUGGAGCAUGGUGGGCAUAGCGCUG